CGUAUAUGUGCGACUUAUGCAGAAGUUUAUUCUCACCUAUAUGUUAAUUUAAUAAAACUGAUAUCCUGCAAAUUUUCCAUUCUCACUUAUGAACAAGAUGAAAAUGUAUGGAACAACAUAUGUUACACCUAUAAGUUAAAAAGGGGGAAUAGUGCUAAUGAAGCGACACCAGUCCACUAUAAAAGUGGCUGCAACGAAAUAUUCUGUGCAACAUUACCUGUAUCCAAUGAAGACUAUAGCAUAACAGCUACAACAUUAAUGCAAAAUUCAACGGAUGAUAAUUUAUACGUUAUAAAAGCAGUGGUAUAUGAAAUUGGAAUUUUAACAGAUGCUAAUAACACAAGCGACGAAGUUACAGAAAGGCAAGAUGUCAAAAUUUCUUUCUACAAUCCACCAAAUAAGAGCACUGGACCCUAAAAUAAGUGUAAAAUAGCAAAUAGAUUGAAAACGCAUAAGAAUGUAAUUAUUUGUUGAAAAUAGGUACUAGCUUUUAAAUUAAUAUAUUUAUCUUGUUAUAGUAAGAUAGUAUUAUUAUAAAUAAUGCAUGUAAAUUCGUAACAUGAAUAAUAAAAUGAUGUUUCAAUUGUAAAAAGGUAAA